UAACUAGAGAAACAUUGGGGUGUACAGAAAAACUUAUGCAAAACAGGGGGGCUCCAAAAGAAAUUAUCUCUCCAUAUCCGAGCUUCAACAGCAUUGCACCUCUUAAUUCCAAUGGCGACCGCUCUUUCUCUGAACUGGAGCCGGUUCGCUUCUCAAGUUCCUCGCUGUUUAUCCUUUCCAUUUCUUCAUAAGCAUCGGCAAGCCCAAGUCGUUAGAUUAUACCAGAGCUUCCGGUUUUCCGGUAGCUUCUGCACUCUCUACUCCUCCUCUAGCCGCUCUUUCUCUGUCGUAGCCUCGACUUCUCAGUCCAGCAGCUUAAAUAGUUACAGUGAAGUGGGUGAUGAAAGAUAUGAUGUGAUUGUGGUGGGAGGAGGCCACGCAGGGUGUGAAGCUGCCCUUGCUUCAGCACGAUUAGGGGCGAAAACUCUCCUUCUUACUCUUAAUAUUGAUCGCAUAGCAUGGCAGCCAUGUAAUCCGGCAGUUGGUGGGCCAGCCAAGUCUCAGCUGGUGCAUGAAGUCGACGCCCUGGGUGGUGAAAUUGGAAAAAUUGCUGAUAGGUGCUAUUUGCAGAAACGUGUUCUUAACAUCUCUAGGGGCCCUGCUGUUUGGGCGUUACGUGCACAGACAGAUAAGAGAGAAUAUGCUAUAGAAAUGAAAAAGAUUGUUGAGAGCACCCCAAACCUCUUUAUUAGAGAGGCAAUGGUAACAGAUAUUUUGUUGGGGAAAAAUGACAACAUUGAGGGGGUCUGUACUUUCUUUGGCAUGAACUUCUAUGCACCUUCGGUGAUUCUGACGACAGGGACCUUUAUGAGUGGGAAAAUUUGGGUUGGGAGAACUUCAAUGCCUGCAGGAAGAGCUGGUGAAUCAGCUUCCAUUGGUCUAACAGAAAACUUGCAGCGCCUUGGCUUUGAGACUGAUAGGCUAAAAACAGGAACUCCUUCUCGUGUGGACAGUCGUACUGUAGAUUUCUCAGGAUUGGAGCCCCAAUAUGGCGACGAAGAGGUAAGCUGGUUCAGUUUUGAUACUAAUUAUCAUAUAGAAAGGGAACAGAUGUGCUGCUACCUUACACGUACCACAAAGAGUACUCAUCAGAUAAUUAGAGAUAAUUUGCAUGAGACUCCUACUUACGGAGGGUGGGUGGAAGCUAAGGGCCCUCGAUACUGCCCCUCCAUUGAGGAUAAGAUUGUAAGAUUUCAAGAUAAAGAGUCGCAUCAAAUAUUCCUUGAACCUGAGGGUCGAAGUGUUCCUGAGCUCUAUGUGCAGGGAUUCUCUACUGGUUUACCGGAGAGACUACAAUUGCCUCUUUUACGAACAUUACCCGGACUUGAGAACUGUACAAUGCUCAGGCCAGCCUAUGCGGUAGAGUAUGAUUACUUGCCGGCUUAUCAGUGCUCCAGGUCCCUAAUGACUAAAAAGAUCGAGGGUCUUUUCUUUUCUGGCCAGAUAAAUGGGACAACUGGCUAUGAAGAAGCUGCUGC